CGCGAAAAACCCCCCCAGCAAAUGACUCCCUCGUCCGAAUCAGGGAGCCUAACGGUCACUUCUCCGCCGGUGAAUCCCCUGACGAAAACGACGGCCACCCACUCAUCCACUGACGACCCCCAUCGCAAUACUACUGUCUCCCCAUCAUCCACUCCUUCUGAUACCAUCCUAAUUCGCUGCGUCUCCGAAAUCCCAAUCGAGAUCGUUUCCGAAGAAGAAAUGGGCUUCUUCGAAGCAGCCCUUGCUGCGGCCCGUUCCAUUUCUCUUCCUUCUGUGGCUGCUGGUACUUCUUGUUCUACUUCCUCUUCCUUCCCCAGCAAGGCCAAAUCCAUCGGUUCCAUUACCUCCCUCUCUAAGCGAAGGCUUCCCGCCGUCGUGGCCGAUAUCGAGGAUUCCGCCGGAAAAUCUCCUACCCACAAGAAGACUCGAGACGAGAAAUCCUUGUUUAUCAGGUUUCGGAAGGCCCGGGGAUUGUCUGUCACCGAUAUUACCGCUACGGAGUGGUGCGAGAAGCAAAUGGAGUUUGUCCUUUGCGUUGGUAAAAGAAGAGCCACUAAAGCAAUGAAAGCAGGUAGUGCUCGUCAUUUGAAGCUGGAAGAAGAGGUUAUUACGAAAGUUGCAGUUUCUGUGGAAUCAGCUGAAGAUGCAUGGGCUUUAAAGUUUCUGAAUUUCAUAGCCGGUGUCAACCAAUUGUUGUUCGAAGGUCUCACUCGGGAGCUUCCCAUAAUAGGCUUUGUUGAAGGUGUAUGGAUGGUGGGAAAGAUUGAUGAGAUCAGGAUGCCUGAAGGUGACAGUGAUAGGAACUUCAUGUUAGUUGACACAAAAACUCGAGUGCGUGACACUCUUCCUGCUGAACCUCAAAGUAGGAACGGAAGAUUACAGCUGAUGUGCUACAAGUAUAUAUGGGACACAUUGGUUGCUGGUAACUUCCCCACCCAGAAGUUCUAUGACUUCUUUUCUUUGAACCGUAAUGCCAUUUUGUCCGAAGAGAUUAGGGAGAAUGCUAAACAAGCGGGUAUCCCGGCUAAGCCUCAGACCCUGGAUGACAUUCUGAGAUUCUUCAUAAAUACCAGCUGUCUUUUCCUCCCAGCACAUAACCAAAUGUUACUAAGGUAUGAGUUGCAGAAGGACAACUCACUACUGUCUGAAGAUUUAUUCACAUAUGACCUUGACUGGGUCAAGAGUCAAAUCCAGGCAUCCCUUGAGUUCUGGUUCAAUGAGCGAGAAUCUAGAUACGCACCAGAGGAUGAGCGUUGGAAGUGUCGGUUUUGUCAGUUCGCUUCUGCUUGCCCCACGAAUCCUAUGUCUGCUGUUGUAGCAACAAGUCCCCAAAAGAAUAGUAAUAAUGACACUAUAAACGGUGAUCCUAGCUAGAUGAACAUUAGAUGAAUUCAGUAACUUUAGUUCUUAUGUAUCAGAUUAUAGAAUGCAGAAUUCAAUACUCUGAUUGGAGUGAAGCCACAGCGCUAGAUGAACAUAAGAUGAAUUCAGUCACUUUAGUUCUUAUGUAUGAGUUCAGAGAAUGCAGAAUUCAAUACUGAUUGGGUUGGAGCCACAUCGCUCUCUGUUUAUGUAGCUGUUGUAACAAAUUCCAUAGUUGUAAUCUUGUGUGAAGUAGACAAUGCUCCAUUGCCAACAAAUAUGAUUGUUUAUGGAACCAAUAAGCC